AUGCCCAGGACAACGUUUAUACGAAAGCGCAGUUCCAUUCUACGUCCAAUACAUCGAUACGUUUCUUUCUUUCUUUCUUUAACUAUUCACGUUUCUUUUCUUUCUUCUUUUCUUUCUGUCUUUCUUUCUUUCUUUCUUUCUUUCUCCUUUCCUUCCUAUCAACGUCUAUUUUUUCUUUCUUUUUUCUUUGUUUCUUUCUUUGUUUCUUUCUUUCUUUUACAAUUCAAUUUUUACUCCUUCUUCUUUCUUCUUUUGUUUGUUUGUUUGUUUGUUUCUUUUUUUCUUUCUUUAUUUCUUUCUUUCUUUCUUUCUUCCUUCCUUCCUUUCUAUGGACGGCUAUUCUUUCUUUCUUUCUUUCUUUCUUUCUUUCUUUCUUUCUUAAUUUAUUUUCUCCUUAAUUUUCCUAUCCGCAUCUUUCAUUCGUUCUUUCCUUCUUUUCUAUGCAGGGCUUUAUUUCUUUUUUCCUCCUUUUUUUUCUUUUUUAUCUACGCCAUUCUUUCUUUCUUUCUUUCUUUCUUUCUUUCUUUCUUUCUUUCUUUCUUUCUUUCUUUCUCCCUUCCUUUCCUAUGGACGGCUAUUCUUUCUUUCUUUCUUUCUUUCUUUCUUUCUUUCUUUCUUUCUUUCUUUCUUUCCUCCUUAAUUUUCCUUUCCGCAUCUUUCAUUCUUUCUUUCUUUCCUCUCUAUGCAGGGCUUUAUUUCUUUUUUCUUCCUUUCUUUUCUUUUUUAUCUACGCCUUUUUUUCUUUCUUUCUUUCUUUCUUUCUUUCUUUCUUUCUUUUUCUCUCUUCCUCCCUUCCUUCUUUUCUAUCAACGUCUAUGCUUUCUUUCUUUCCUUGUUUGUUUUGUUUAUUUUUCUUUCUUUCUUCUUUGCUUUCUCCAAUGUGUUUAUAUUCUUUCUUUCUUUCUUUCUUUCUUUCUUUCUUUCUUUCUUUCUUUCUUUCUUCACAUUUGUUCAUUCUUUCUAUUCUUCUAUCUUUCUUUCUUUUUUCAAUUUGCUCUCUCCAAUGUUUUAUAUUCAUUCCUUCUUUCUUUCUUUCUUUAUUUCUUUCUUUCUUUCUUUCUUUCUUUCUUUCUUUGCAUUUCCAAUGUUUUAUAUUCUUUCUUUUAUUCUUUCUUUCGUUACUUGCCUUCUAUAAUGUAUUAUUCUUUCUUUUCUUCUUCGUUUUCUUCUUCUUUCUUUCCUUCCUCCUUUCUUUUUUCUUUGCCUUUCCAAUGUUUUAUAUUCUUUUUCUUUCCUUACUUCUUUCUUUCUUUCCUUUAUUCUUUCUUUCUUUCUUCGCCUUUCCAAUGUUUUAUAUUCUUUCUUUUAUUCUUUCUUUCAUUAUUUGCCUUCUAUAAUAUAUUAUUUCUUUCUUUUCUUCUUCGUCUUCUUCUUUCUUUCCUCCUUUCUUCUUUCUUGGCCUUUCCAAUAUUUUAUAUUCUUUCUUUCUUUCUUUCUUUCUUUCUUUCUUUCUUUCUUUCUUUCUUUCUUUCUUUCUUUGCCUUCUCCAAUGCAUUUAUAUUCGUUCUUUCUUGA